AUGACUGGCUACAUCCGACGGCUGUCAAUGGCCCAAUGGAGCCCGUUUGGACCAGACGUUCAAUCAACUUGCCUUGAACAACCGUCCAUAAUCGCGCUCAAAGGGACCUGGCUCACACCAGAUGUCUCUGACGCGGAUACCUCAAUAGAUGGUUACUCUAUUUUUCCAGCUGACCCAAAACGAGGAGGGUUGAUGGGGUUACUCUGUACUCACAUGUGGUCCUACCAAUCCCGAUUGUGCCCUCUGAUACCACUCCUGUACCCUUUUGCGAUGCACCCUGGGUUCAAAUCCCGCUGCGUGGGUCCGAUUCUCUCCUUCUCGGUGUGGUCAACCGUGGCUUCCCGAGUCCCCCGGAAGACAACCAAUCCUUCAUACGAACCCUUUGGCAACUCUCCUCCAACUACCAUUCAACGCAUCUCCUGCUGGUAG